AUGGAUACAGCAUUAGGGACCGAGAGGUCAACUCCCCAGCGACCUUUGUCGACAUUGUCCGGCCAUACAGCACAGGGAGAUGCCCACAGCCUUCCCAAGGGCUCUCACAACCCUUCCUCAGCAUCGUUCCAGAUAGAAACUGAGAAGCCGGAUGGGCUUGUGACAGCAAACAACACUGCAUCCAGCGGAGAUGAAGACCAAACAGAAUAUCCCGGCAAAUUUGCCCUCGCAUUCAUCAUUGUCGCUCUUAUUCUUUCUAUAUUCCUCAUUGCUUUGGAUAUGACCAUUGUUGCAACUGCAAUCCCAACGAUUACUGCCCAAUUCAAGUCGUUAGACCAAGUGGGAUGGUACGGAUCGGCGUUUUUCCUGACUGUGGCUUCAUUCCAGUCCACAUGGGGGAAAGCCUUUAAAUACUUCCCGCUCAAAACUGUGUUCAUGCUCGCCAUCUUCGUGUUUGAAAUCGGCUCUUUGAUCUGUGCUGUUGCAAACAACAGUACCACCCUGAUCGUUGGUCGAGCAAUUGCCGGUGCUGGUGCAUCCGGCUUGACUGGCGGUGUCUACACGAUCAUCGGAUUUUCGGUGCCACCUCAACAACGACCUGCGUUCACCGGUAUCCUCGGGGCGACCUAUGGCGUUGCUAGUGCAAUCGGACCCCUCCUUGGUGGUGUGUUUACGGAUAAGGUGUCCUGGCGAUGGUGCUUCUAUAUCAACCUCCCAGUUGGAGCUAUCAGCGCGGCUAUCAUCUUCUUUUUCUUCACGGCCCCCCCGGCUUCCAGGCCGGUAAAGGCUCGUCUGAGCGAGAAGCUCCUGCAGAUGGAUCUGGUGGGAACCUUUACCAUCAUGGCGGCGGUCAUCAGUUUCCUGCUGGCGAUGCAAUGGGGAGGAACCACCAAGAAAUGGUCCGACUCAGAUGUCAUCGGCACACUCGUCGCUUUUGGUCUGCUGGUCAUCGUUUUCAUUGUCAAUGAAUGGUGGAUGGGCGACAGAGCACUCCUCCCGCCACGACUAUUCAAGACAUACAACAUCAUGAUCAGUUCCAUCUACAUCUUUUUCUUUGCUGGGCCGUUCUUCGUCCUGAUCUACUACCUCCCCAUCUACUUCCAGUCGAUCAAGCACACUUCCGCUUCAGACUCUGGAAUUAGAAACCUGCCAUUUGUACUCGCGGUCAGUAUCUUCUCCACCGUUUCCGGUGGCCUGAUUGCUACCUUUGGCCAUCUCAGUUACCUGAUGGUUCUCGGCUCUGUCAUCCUCACCAUUGGCUCCGGGCUAGUCUACACCUUUGACAUUUCCACGCCCGCGGGUACCUGGAUCGGAUACCAGCUCCUUGCCGGCAUUGGAGGAGGUGUCGCCCUCCAGAUUCCAGUCAUUGUCAGCCAAGCUCUAGCAAAGCCUGAAGAUCUCUCCAGCGCCACUGCCAUGAUUCUCUUCCUGCAGACGAUGGGAGCCGCCAUCUGGGUGUCUGCCGCUCAAACUGCAUUCGUGAACAGACUACUUCUGAAAUUGCCCCAGUUGGCGCCCAACGUGAACCCGGCUCUAGUUAUUAGAACUGGAGCUUCGGAGCUGCACAAGGUAUUCUCUGGGAAGGAUCUUGAGGGCGUCAUUACUGCCUAUGGGGACGGCUUGAAGGUGACCUUUAUCCUCUGCAUAGCACUUGCCGGAAUCUCUGUUCUGGCGGCGGUCUGCAUCAAACCAUUGAACCUGAACAAACUGCAGGAGAAGAAGAGCGAGGCUGGAGAUGCAUGA